AUGGCGUACCCAUACAUGGCUUCCUCGCGUGCGUUUCGCUUCCCACAUUCUACAACCCUUCCCAAGAUAGUCGAAGAACAUCGUCUCGAUGGCUUCAGCAACUUCCACGAUAGUGACUCAUCUUCUACAACCACCUUGGCAACGGACAACUUACAGGUACUCAAGCUGCCUACUAGACUGAUCAUCGCUUUGACAUGUGGAUUUGCAGGACUUCAACUCGUGUGGUCCAGCAUCUUUUCACAUGGCACUGCAUAUCUCUAUUCUCUUGGGAGUUCCAAGUCGCAGUCCUCCCUGAUCUGGGCAAUUGGUCCAAUAUGCGGCACUGUCGUUCAACCCAUUGUUGGAGCCAUAGCAGACAACUCUCGAAUUCGCUGGGGCCGAAGAAGACCUUUCAUCCUCGGGGGUGCUAUUGGUACAGCCAUAUCACUCAUAGCGUUGGCAUGGGUUAGCAAUAUCAUGCAUGCUCUGGCAGCCACCGUUAACAUCCACUCCGAUGAAGGUGUCAAGACAAUGACACAGAUCGGAAUCAUUGUAUGCAUCACUUUCCUAAAUCUCUCAAUUCAACCCCUCCAGUCAGGCCUUCGUGCCUUGAUUGUUGAUAUCUGCCCCUCGGAGCAACAAUCGGUCGCCAGUGCAUGGGCUGGCUGUUUCUCUGGCUUUAGUAAUAUCUUGGGAUAUAUACUCGGCUCGCUUCCGCUCGGCAUUGUCUCGCAUGACAAUGAAGUAUGGAGAUUCCGCUUCUUAGCACUAGUAUCUGUCGCAGCUUUGGGUACCACGGUGCUCCUCGCAGUCUAUUUCAUCCGUGAAGAAGAUCCCAGAGAGUUCGUCUACGCGCCUGAAGAGGGAAUGCUCCUGGUUCGCGUUCUUCGAACUGUAAAGAACAGUUGGUCGUCUAUGCCUGCACAAUCACAACGCGUGUGUUUAGUUCAAUUCUUUGCUUGGAUGGGGUGGUUCGGCUUCCUCUUCUACAGCACGUCCUACGUUGGACGGCUAUACAUGACCGAAUCACAGAGACGGGGUGUAGAGCACUUCUACCAAAGAGAUGUCGGUAUCCGACGAGGCACAUUUGCCAACCUUCUCUCUGCGGUGACUGCUUUGGCGACGAUGGUGAUUGCUCCAUACGUGGCUUCCACCAAUUCAGUAGGCCGUCUCUCUGAAAAACCAAUACUCCAGUCUCGAUCCAGGUGGUGGCGGCAGACACACAUCAUCUGGGCUAUGAGCCAUUUACUGUACGCAUUCUGUGCUUUUUGCACGUUUUUCAUUUCCUCCACAAAUACCGCAGUACUUGUUAUUGCUGUGGCUGGAAUCUCUUGGGGAGUCACGCAAUGGGCGCCUUUUGCACUUCUCGGCGAGGAGAUUGCAAUCAGCCAAGCUGGGCAAGACCCGGGUCCUGCUGAGAGAGGGGGUGUGCAGUGGAUGUCAAGCCAAAGUGGCGCGAAGAUGGGGAUUCACAAUGCCGCCAUUUCGAUUCCACAGAUAUUGGCUGCUGUCGCAAGCAGUUUUGUUUUUGUCAUCUUUGAAGGAGAUCGAUCUGAUGGGGAUAGCGGCAUUGUAUGGGUGUUGAGGAUUAGUGGUUUAGCUGCUCUUGUUGCUGCCUACUUCGCGUGGCAACUAAGAUGA